GAUUCAACGAUAACUCUCUCUCUAGAACACCUCACUUUCUCUCUCUACUAGUGAGCCAGCCAGCCAUGGCCUCAUCUUCAUCUCUGACUCUCUCCCAAGCCAUUCUUUCUCGCUCCACCACUCAUCCCCAUGGCUCCUCCGACCAACCUCCUCCCUCCGACCACCGUCUCUCUCUCCCCACUUUCUCUCUCCCCACCUUCUCCGGCCUCAAAUCCUCCUCCCUCCCCACCACCACCGCCUCCGGCCGCCGCCUCACCUCCCGCCGCCGCGCAAUCCGGGCCUCCGCCGCUGUGGAGACGCUCAACAAGACGGAGACAGCACUCGUCGACAAAUCGGUCAACACGAUCCGAUUCCUCGCCAUUGACGCCGUCGAGAAGGCCAAUUCGGGUCACCCGGGUCUGCCCAUGGGUUGUGCUCCGAUGGGUCAUAUACUCUACGAUGAAAUCAUGAGGUAUAACCCUAAAAACCCUUGCUGGUUCAAUCGUGAUCGCUUCGUUCUCUCCGCUGGACAUGGUUGUAUGCUUCAGUAUGCUCUGCUUCACCUUGCUGGAUACGACAGUGUUCAGGAAGAAGACUUGAAAGGUUUCCGCCAGUGGGGAAGCAAAACUCCAGGUCACCCAGAGAACUUUGAGACCCCUGGUGUUGAAGUCACUACCGGUCCUCUUGGUCAGGGUAUUGCCAAUGCUGUUGGUCUAGCCCUAGCAGAGAGGCAUUUGGCUGCUCGUUUCAACAAACCAGACAGUGAGAUCGUUGACCACUACACCUAUGUGAUAUUGGGCGAUGGUUGUCAAAUGGAAGGGAUUGCAAAUGAAGCUUGUUCCCUUGCUGGUCAUUGGGGUCUCGGGAAGCUUAUUGCUUUUUAUGAUGAUAACCAUAUCUCCAUCGAUGGUGACACAGAGAUUGCUUUUACUGAGUGCGUCGACACUCGUUUUGAGGGUCUUGGGUGGCAUGUCAUCUGGGUGAAGAAUGGGAACACAGGUUACGACGAGAUUCGUGCUGCUAUCAAGGAAGCAAAGACUGUCACAGACAAACCUACUUUGAUCAAGGUAACCACUACUAUUGGUUUUGGCUCUCCUAACAAGGCAAAUUCAUACAGUGUACAUGGGAGCGCACUGGGUGCCAAGGAAGUUGAUGCCACGAGGAAGAACCUCGGAUGGCCAUACGAGCCUUUCCAUGUGCCUGAGGAUGUGAAGAAGCAUUGGAGCCGCCAUGUCCCUGAGGGUGCUGCUCUUGAAGCUGAGUGGAACGCCAAAUUUGCUGAAUAUGAAAAGAAAUACAAGGAGGAAGCUGCAGAGUUGAAGUCUAUCAUCAGCGGCGAAUUGCCAGCUGGUUGGGAGAAAGCUCUCCCGACAUACACUCCUGAGAGCCCAGCUGAUGCCACCAGAAAUCUUUCUCAACAAUGCCUCAAUGCCCUUGCAAAGGUUCUCCCCGGAUUUCUUGGGGGCAGUGCCGAUCUUGCUUCCUCCAACAUGACCUUGUUGAAAAUGUUCGGCGACUUCCAAAAGAACACACCAGAAGAACGCAAUCUCAGGUUCGGCGUUCGUGAGCAUGGGAUGGGAGCCAUCUGCAACGGGAUUGACCACCACACCCCAGGCCUCAUUCCGUACUGUGCCACUUUCUUUGUUUUCACUGACUACAUGAGAGCGGCUAUUAGGAUUUCCGCUUUAUCUGAAGCUGGAGUUAUCUACGUCAUGACUCAUGACUCAAUUGGACUAGGAGAGGAUGGUCCGACACAUCAGCCUGUCGAGCAUUUGGCAAGUUUCCGAGCAAUGCCCAAUGUUUUGAUGCUACGUCCGGCCGAUGGUAACGAGACAGCCGGUGCAUACAAGGUUGCAGUCCUUAACAGGAAGAGACCAUCGAUCCUUGCCCUCUCUCGACAGAAGCUUUCCCAUCUCCCCGGAACUUCUGUUGAGGGAGUGGAAAAGGGUGGAUAUACUGUAUCAGACAAUUCUUCGGAUAACAAGCCAGAUGUAAUCCUGAUGGGUACCGGUUCUGAAUUGGAAAUCGCUUCCAAGGCGGCCGAUGAACUCAGAAAGGAAGGAAAGGCCGUGAGAGUUGUGUCGUUUGUUUCCUGGGAACUUUUCGAUGAACAAUCGGAUGCUUAUAAGGAUAGUGUCCUCCCAGCAGCUGUAACAGCUAGGGUUAGCAUUGAAGCCGGAUCGACAUUUGGGUGGACAAAGCACAUUGGAAGCAAAGGGAAGGCUAUAGGGAUUGACCGGUUUGGGGCGAGCGCUCCGGCUGGAAAAAUAUACAAGGAGUUUGGGAUAACAGCAGAGGCUGUUAUUGCAGCAGCUAAGUCAUUGUGCUAGGUUUCAUUCACAAGUUCUUCAAAUCUGAAUUUCUUCCAUUUGGGUUCAGGAUUUGGACACACACUACAGUGAAGAGGCCAUCUUUGAGAGAUCUGGGUUCAUAACAUUUUCAUAAUAAAAAGGAGGUAAAAGUUUCUCUUUUGUUCAUUUCAUCUUCUUCUUCAGUAGAACAGCCAUGGCUGCAAACUGAAACAAGAUCAAAAAGAGAUGGAAAUUAUGAUUGUAAUCUUGUGCCAACUCUUGGAUUGGACAUGUCUUGAGUUUUGUAACAUUACACGAUUGAUUUUUAAUGAGCCAUUUUAUAAUUAUGGGAUGAGUAUGAAAGUGGGUUUUUGCUA